AUGACGGACAUGCGGGAUACACUGCUGCUCAGCUCAGAAGGAGUAAAGAAAACCAUCCUGCACGGAGGCACCGGAGACAUCCCAAAACUCAUCACUGGGGCAAAGGUACUGUUGGCCUUCGGUGAAACAUCUCUGAGAGUUUUGAAUCAGAGCUUUGCUGUCACUUUGUGUGUAUUUGUAUGUGUGACUUUACUUCCUAUUAACAACACGCAGAUUAUAUUCAGAUGAAGCAUGUUUGGAUCGAUGGCAGCUGUGUGUGGUUUUUGUACAGUGCUAAUUCAGUGGAUGAUUCAAGCUAGUUUGAUAUAUUUAAGAAUCACUGUACGCGAACGAUUUGUUCAAAAGAACCGAAUCUUUUAUGUGAACGUACUGAACGGAUCACUUCCUCAAGUGAUUUGUUCAUUUCUCACUUCAGUUGAGCUGUCAGCAGGGCAGAUGCUAUACCACGCAGCAUUGCCAGGCGAGCAGCCGGCGAACGUGGGAUCACAUGCACCGACGCCUGAAUCACUUGGUAAAGGAAUCACACAUUGAACUACACUUUCUGGAAUCAUUUUUGUCGGACAAAACUAACUUUAAAAAAAAAAAAUACUGCUAAAUUACCACCACAACAACUUGCAUACAAUAGGACACAGCAUGUAACAAGUAGUGCAUAAAACCUGCAGCAUCCUAUCAUUUCAGCGGUUUGUGAGAGAAUGAUGCAUGUUCAGUGUGAAUUCUUUAAAACGUUCAGUGAACAAAUCACUCAUUGAGCCCAACCGAGCAGACCUGAUUAAUAGCAUACCAUAGGACAGUACACUUAGUUCAUUUUUACAAACCUGUUUGCUAAAGCAACUCAGCCAAACACUCUCGUCUCCCGCUCCCAGAAGCUAUGAAUUGAACUGAACCCUAAAACGUUCAGCUGUGUAUCAGUUCAGGAGGUCGGGGUCGCAGGCUUCUCCUGCCAAGCACUGAAUGAUUCAGUGAUUCGAUGAACAAAUCUUUUGAAUGAAUCUUUUUAGUGAACUGAUUCUAGUGAUUCAGUACAUCUAAAAGAACUGCUGUGCCCAUCACUAAUCCAAACAAAGGCUCUACUCAAAUACCCAAACACUGAAAUGAUUUUAACACUGUAGCUUUGUUGACUUUUUUAAAUGAUCGAAUGUUGGAUCAAUCAAGCUUUAUUUGAAUCAUCCUGAGUGGUACUCUUGAAGCAGUGAUACAUGAAAUCUGAAAGCAUGACUGAUUGUUUUCUGUCUCAUCAUUCUGUCUUUUGACGGUCAUCUAGAUAUCUUAGUUUCUUCAGUUGCUAAGCUGACACCUACCCCCUCACACCAGUUUAAGCUUUUAAUAAUCAGGUCAUUAAAAUCAUCAAUUUUUCUGCUUAUCGUCUUGUUUGUUUUUUAAUGUCACAAAAAGACUUCCACAUGAAAUUCUGUCUGUUUUAUGAACGUCCAAAAAGUCCCCAUUGUAGCUUUAAGGGUUAAAACACAUCCAGAGCUAUAAAAAAUACCCUUUGUAAUACUGGAAUCAGGUUUGACAGAAUUAGUCAAAGGACACUCUUAUUAGUGUGGAUUAUUUUUCAAGACAGGAAAAUUGUACUUCAUAAAUUUGCCUUAUGUUUGCUUUUUAGUGAAAAUCUGUUCUAAAAGUUCCCUAUCAGUGUAAACCAGUGAUUUCCAAACUGUGGGCUGUGGCCCUCUGGUGGGCCACAAAAGUCAGAACAAAAAUAAGUUCAAGGUUUCAAUAUCUGAAGCUCUGUAAUAUAUGACAUGCCUACAUGUGUUGUGAACUGUUACAAGAGUAAAGAUAGAUUCAAUAUUUCUAUUAAAAGUCCACUUACACACUGAAUUUCUCUUCAUGAAUUCAAAGUAUUGUAGGGAAAUUGUAAUCGCACUGUCGAGUUUCAAAGUUUUUAAGUCUUUUUUUAGGGGGGAAGGCAAAGUGAGGCCUCUCAUUCUUCACUUUGAAAAUGGCUGCUGCAAACAGAGGAAUUAAAAGUUGACAAAAGCAUUUUGCAUCUAACAUUUAGGUCAGUAAAAUCUGUCCUGACUCAUCCCUGCAGAGUGAUUGCAGAUGCUGUUAAUUUGAAAUACGGAUUCACUGUGUUCGUACAUCACCGCUGAAUGUUUUCAUCUUCCUUGGACGUUACACAACACACAACCUUGGCAUGUCUGUCCUUCAUCCUGCCUGUCUGUCCGUCUGUCUGUCUGCGCUGUUGAAUAACUGCACAGUGUGAAGCUCAUGACAUAACGUUUUUAUUGAGACUGUUGUGCACAUGUGUGAGCUCCACUCAGUUAGCAUGUCAGUUUUGACCGGAGAUCACUCUCUCACUUGUUAUCAAACUCAGUGGAUUCAUUGUUCACUUACAUUGAAAGCACUACCUUUCACAAAAGCCAUAGUCCAGUCUGCUUUAGUAUCACAAAGCAUCUGUAAUAUUAUAUUUUUGUUUUGUGGUAUUUUUUCCUCUAGGUGACUUUUCACUUCCGCACCCAGUUGUGUGAUGACGAGCGUACGGUGAUCGAUGACAGCAAAGUAGCUGGGACACCGAUGGAGAUUGUGAUUGGGAACAUGUUUAAACUGGAUAUCUGGGAGACUCUGCUGGCCUCAAUGAGGAUCGGGGAAGUGGCUGAAUUCUGGUGUGACACCAUUGUGGGUGAAUUUCAGUUUUAGUGGGUGCAGCUGCUUUGUGUGUGUGUGUGUGUGUGUCUGUGUGUGUGUGUGUGUGUGUGUGUGUGUGUGUGUGUGUGUUACCUUGGUUUCCUGUUUGUUUGUUUCUAAUCACAUUGCAUUAUAGUCUGCUGGUACAACUCUCUCCUUUAUACAGAGUGACAUCACACUGCAGGUGUGAAUGUUAUGGGCAAUGCUUUUCAUUUCAAGCAACCAAACAACACAAUAAGACAAGUUUUAUGUGUUCCAGUUGUAAAUAUAGAAAGCCAGUGUGCCAAAGCGUCUAUCACAUAAAACAAAGUUUGGUGCUCGUAACUGUUUCAAAACCGGAUCAGUAGGGUGACCCAAAGAGGAAAUUUUACAUAACAAUAAUUAAAUACGAGUGACUGAAAACACGGUCAUGUAUUAAAACACUGCUCCAGGAAAAUCUGAGUCACUUCCAGUUUGGUUUCACUUUUAAAUUCCCUGAAUGUUUUCCUCAUGUGUAAUGGUUUUGUUAUGAAUGUUGUCUGUGUGUGACCUCCUCUUGUUAUAAAAGCCGCUGUCCCACACCCAUAUCUGCUUACACAAGGCCAUACCAGCCAUACACAUACUCCCUCUGAGUAUAUGUUGAUGCAUGUGUAUCUUAUGUCAUCCUUAAUGUGUCAGGUCUGCCCGGUGUUUUUGUGGCGAUGUGUAUGUGUGUGUUUUUUUGUGUGUGUCAGAGACAGAUGGGUUGAGGCAUGCUGCUGUUAAUCUGCAGCAGCCUCACUUUUCCCUAAUCGGCUCUGAUUCCUGCUGAAUCAGCACAUGUUACUCUCCUCCUCUCUGAUUAGAUUUGAUGGGGCUUAUGGCUUUUAUUCACCCCUCUGAACAACACGGCCACACUAACACCCUGAUGAAUAUUCAGCGCAGUAUCGCUCACAUCCAGCAGAGGGCAGACUUGCUUCCAUAAAUGUACUUAGGGUCGUUAAAAAUUCAAUAAAAUCAAAUUCAAAAUCAAAAAUCACUGUUGCUAAACAAUGAAACAAAUAUUUCUGAUUUUAAUGUGUUGAAAACGUGAUUGAGUCUUAUUCCGCUUAGAGUAAAAAAUGAAAUUCAAAAUACAAAAUUUUGAGGAAAAACUUUGACAAAAGUCCCCAAAUUCUGCCAAGAGGAGUGCUUUUCCCUUCAAAAUUUGACUCUUUUUUUUAGUCAUUUUAGCUGUUAAACCUUUAAUGCCUGAAACCACAAAUUAUGGCAAGAAAAUGUAAAAAAUUUUUGGAGCUGAAAUGUUUGUUUCACUUACUGCUGAAAACCAAAAAAAUCAAAAUGUCCUUAAAAUGUAACAAAUAUAUUUAUUUAUCUUGUUUGAUACAUUCAAUGUUUUUGGAAACUAAAACACCCCAAGAGGACAUUUUUAUCAUUUAUCGCACUGUAUUAAGAUGUAUUUUUAGUAAUUUGUUGAUCAUAUUGAUUUGAUAGAAGUAUCAUAAAAGUGUGUAUCAAAUACAGUACAAAAGGCAAUAAAGGGCUACCAUUGAAUGUUUUAAAACUCCACAAAGAGCUGCUCCACAAAUAGUUGUUGAUUUUCGGACAUUUUCUAAGCCAGCAGUAACACAACACUAAGAUAUCUAAGCAAGUUGUUCAUUAGUUUUUGCAGUUUUGGUUUUGACUCUAUUGCCGUUUUCAAAAUUUGCAUCACCCUGAUCAUCUCAUCUUUCCAGCAUACUGGCGUUUACCCUCUUGUGUCUAAGAGUAUGAGACGUAUCGCGGAGGGCAAAGACCCAGUGGACUGGCACAUCCACACAUGCGGUAUGGCAAACAUGUUUGCCUACCACAGCCUCGGUUAUGAUGACCUGGAUGAGCUGAUGAAGGAGCCGAAGCCUCUCUACUUUGUACUGGAGCUGCUCAGGGUGAGACAGAACAGAAAGCCCAUCUGAGUGUGCGUGAAUCUGCACUUAUGGGACAAAAAUACAGAGAUACAUCCUGGUGGUUUCUGCUGUGUAACUGUAAUGUGUUUGUGUGUAACUCCCAUAUGUGCUUGAAUGACAGGUGCAGCAGCCUAGUGAGUACAACAGGGAGUCGUGGGCUCUGAGUGAUGAAGAGAGGCUGAAGGUAGUGCCUGUGCUGCAUGGUCAGGGGAACAAACUGUACAAACAACAACGCUACCAAGAGGCCACACAGAAAUACAAAGAGGCCCUCAUCUGCAUAAAGAACGUUCAGACCAAGGUCAGUAUAUCAAAUUAGUCCUCCGAAAAGCUGUUUUCUUUGGCCCUUGAGGAAGUGUGUGAUUUUGCAUCUGAAUGUACAUGCUGCAGCAGACAACUGCCCACCAGUGAGUCUGGUUUGCCUGUGCUGUCAAGUGCAUACUCUGUGUAUGAAACGUCAUGAACAUGGAUGUUGUUGUGUGUUGAACUGACUGGAAUCGGGCUCAUUCACCCUGGAGGGAAUGGACAGUUUCCAUUUUCAGUGUUUCUCUCUAAGGUAUAUCUGUCAUGACUGAAGCCAGAUUUGCUGAUUCUGAAUAGUUCAUCUGGAAAAAAAAUGUGUGUCUCUCUCUGAGGACCCGUUUACCCCGCUGUCAGCCAGGAAUCAAGCUUGGAUCAGUUUUUUUAGUCGGAUAACUCAUCAUGUGACAACUUUUGUGGUGAUUUGAUAUUAAAAAAUAAAACAAGCCAGUAAUUGAAUGAUUGAACGAGUUACGUACCUUGACAGGAGAAAGCAUGGGAUGUCCCGUGGUUGAAGCUGGAGAAGAUGGCCAACACCUUGACUCUGAACUACUGUCAGUGUCUACUGCGCAUGGAGGAAUACUACGAGGUCAUUGAACACACCAGCGACAUCAUCAACCAGCACCCAGGUUUGCUCCUGUAAAAUGACAGCAGGUGUUUGACUCUACAGAAUAGUAUUGAAAUAGUCUUAUUUGAUUGGUUAAAUACAGUUAUCGUAUCCCAGAAUAUAAGCGUGGAAACUGCCAUGCUGUGUUUACAUUACUACCUCAUAGUUUGCUCAGCCUUUAAAGGGAUAUUGAUGAAGUUAGGUGCUGUUCUGAGCAUUAUUUAUGGCUAUAGAGUGGCGUUUCGGUUAAGGUUUGUUUAUGGCUCCUCAGACCACUGUGUAUUGCUAUGCUGCGGAUGUUACUAAAGUUAGUAUAGCUAGAGAAGCAAGUGGUCGGCAACAUUCAUCUCUUGAGGGGGUGUCUUAAAAAACAGACCCUAAAAACUUGUUGCUGUUCAUCAUGACACACACUCUGGAACUGUAUGUAUCCAUAGAUUUUACAAACUUGGUAAAGACCCUUACAAUGACUGAGCAGUUUUCAACAACAGGUUUAUAUUUACUCUCAAGGUAUAGUGAAGGCCUUCUACCUGCGUGCAAAGGCCCAUGUGGAGGUGUGGAAUGAAUCAGAGGCUCAGCAGGACUUCAGCAGGGUGCUGGACCUCGACCCGGGCAUGAAGAAGGCCGUGAAGAAGGAUCUGGCUGUGCUGAGCAUGCGCAUGGAGGAGAAGAGGCAGGAGGACAGGGACAAGUACAAGGGCAUGUUUUGA